AUGGCGUGGUCAUUAGCUAUCAGAGUCUCCCUCUUAUGUGCAGCUACAGUCGCAGUUCUGUUUGCCUCAGCUGCAGUGGAUUUAGAAUACAACAACUUGGCCAAGUCCACAGUUGUGCCCAAGAGACAUUCCUUGAUGCACAUGAACCCAGAAUAUUCUCCCCAUGUUCUGCCUUACUGGUUCAUGAUGGAAAAACUGAAAAAGGAGAGAAGUCAGAAGAAUGUCAUUCCCAGAGAUAAGAUGCCAAAGAUUAAGCAUAGUCAAAAGUGCCCCCAGGGCACAGACAGGAGUCUCCCUUGUGAAGAGUCCACAGUGUAUGCUCUCAUACCUGGAGAGCAAGGAGACAUUGCAACUGACCAGGAAGGAGGACCCUUCACAAUGGAUGUUCAACACAUCCCAAUGCCCAACUUAGAGGAUAUAGAAAUGGCACAGAAGGCUGCAGAAGCUGCAGCUGCAGCCCUUGGGCCACCACCACAAGAUAUGUCCUUGAUGGACCCAUCCAUACUGUUUUCAUCUAUGCCUGACUCUGUACCACCAGAAUUUUCUCAGAACCCAACCUCUUGGAUUCAAACUAUGAUGGCUGCAAUGGAUCCAACUGGAAGCUUAUUCAGGCAAACAUCAUCAGAGGUAGAAGCAACCGGUGAGGUGCCAAAAGACUUGGACUGGAUGCUAAGAGGACCAGAAAAUCUUGACUACAAUGAACUUGAGAACUUCUUGCUGCAACUGACAAGAUACUUCAAAGAUUCCACACGAUUAGAGGUUGUGGGGGAGACUGUACAAAACAGGACAAUAUAUGCAGUGGUGUUGUGUUACAACAAGCUGGAUUGCAGAACACGACCCAUGCUCAAGCCAAAAGUCAGACUGGCUGCAAAUUUUCAUGGCAACCAUGGCACAGCAAGAGCCCUUCUCACUUUCCUCAUCAUGUACCUCCAGUUGCACAGAGAACACAAUCCCAGAGUGCAAGCAUUGUUGCAGAAGGUUGAAAUUCACAUCAUUCCAACAGUGAACCCUGAUGGGUAUGAACAAGCCCUUGAAGAUUGGGAACGUCUGAGGCGGUACUCAAACAUAUCCGAGGGUUUCUACAACGCCAACGGUGAAGACUUGGAAGUGGAUUACCCAAACAUUUGGAAAUUUUCGCACUUCUCACAGCCGGGUUUUUGGGAUGAGAGAGAACCGGAAACAAUUGCUCUCAUGAAGUACAGCAUGGAGGAACUGUUCGUCAUGUCCGGCGUUUUCAGUGACGGUGAUCUCGUGGUCAGACUUCCGCUCUGGUCUCACCAGCAACGGAAUUUUUCGGAUACUGGAGUAGAAAGUAGGCCACCAGACUACGACGUGUUCAUGCAAAUCGGUCACGAAUAUGCCUUCAGACAUCCAGUGAUGAAUGCCAAGGAAUUCCUAUGCCCCAAAGGCAGGACACACUUUUUCGACGGCGUCGAAAAUGGAGCCUUUGGUCACAUUGUUGAACCACCCAAGGGCCACUCCGCAGACUGGCACUACAAAUUUGCAAACGCCUUCGAAUGGACCAUCUACAUUUCAUGCUACACCAUGUCCAUGGAAGAGACUUUGGACGUUGACUGGACCAGGAAUGUCAAUUCCAUGAUUGCAUUUGUGGAAAGUGCGCGAAUGGGAGCACAAGGCAUGGUAUGGGACAACAGAACUGGGUCGCCCAUUUCAGAUGCUUACAUUGAGGUCAAGAACAGAAGGCACAGACUCAGGACCAAUGAGAGAGGGGAAUACUGGAGACUUCUCAAUGAUGGAGUUUACUCAAUGAGAGCCGUCAAACGAGGGUACGACCCUGCACCAUGGGCAGUUGUUAGGAUCUUCAAUGCCUUGGGACCAGUUACACAGCACUUCUAUUUGUCACAGAGCGUCAAGAGUGAAGGCAGUGGGAGCUUCCUCUGCUAGUUUUUUUUCUACUGUUUCUGUUUUAUAUACGUCCUUAACCUCUAUGUCCUGUCUCAAUUGAGUACAAUGUUACUCAGUCUUCCUACAAUUACAAACGAAAUGCAUCACAUACACUUCAACACACUA